AUCAGUUGACGUUUGACAGGACAGUUUUCACUGUUUUUGUUGUUAUUUUCCCUAUUUUCUUGUUUAUUUUUUAGUUUCGCGUGAAAAAUGAUAGGCCGGGUAAUUGAAGAAGAAGGUUUUUAAUAUUGGUGUGUAGUAAUUGUUUGAAAUCAUUUCGGGUUCUUCGAAGAAUCUUAGAAUAUGCUUUCACAUUCAGCAUGGCCACAUCGUUUGUCACCCUAUACUCUUCAGCGUAUCACAGCGACAUUAGUCCAUGCCCAGUCAGAAGAAUCAGGAAUUGAACCUGGACAAAUUGCAACCAUCACUGGAUCAUUCGCUUCGCUUCCUGGUAACCCUGAGUUAGAUCAGUAUGAUACCGAUCAUACGGAUCUGGGAAGUGAAGUCGACGAAGAGGAGAACAGAAAGGGCCUUCUAAGAGAUCAAUGGAGGCAAUUUUUCGACAAAUACGAUCCGGAAGGUUUUGGCGAGAUUCCAUGGUCAGACUUUUUGAACGCGAUGUCACAUACUGAGUUCUGUCAGCGAGUUAAUGCCGGGAAAAGACAGAUCCUUCUGGAAAAAUUCAGGACGUCCAGUACGCAUGCCAUCACUUUUCAAGAAUUCGUGAAUGUGAUGACCGGAAAGCGCUCGAGAAGCUUUAAAUGUGCCGUUCAUCAUCGAGAUCGCGAAGUUUCGUCAGAAAACGACUUCCAUCUGCUACUAGUGGAGCCGCCAUUGUUCCGCAGGAUGGUUACCAUAGUGGCGAAUGAGUUUUUGACUGAUGACAGAGAUAGAAAAUACUAUGCCGACCACUACACGUGUUGUCCUCCUCCUAUUUUUAUACUAACCGUUACCUUAGCCGAGUUGGGGUUCUAUUUAUAUUACUACAUUACCACAGGAGAACUCAAUCCAAGUGGGCCAGUACUAGUAGACUCAAUAUUUAUAUAUAGACCAGAUAAACGAAUCGAAAUAUGGAGGUUCCUGUUGUACAUGUUAUUACAUGCUGGAUGGCUCCAUCUAAGCUUCAACCUAGUAGUUCAAUUGUUGGUGGGCCUCCCCUUGGAGAUGGUCCACGGUUCGGGAAGGGUAGCGUUAAUCUAUAUGUCCGGAGUGGCGGCAGGUUCGCUAGGGACAUCAGUUUUCGAUAACGAUGUCUAUCUAGUGGGGGCCUCGGGCGGCGUCUAUGCGCUACUAGCCGCCCAUUUAGCUAAUGUAUUGCUCAAUUACAAUAAUAUGCAGUGUGGGAUCUUGAGGCUAUUUGGAAUUUUUGCCAUUGCUUCUUGUGAUGUCGGCUACGCCAUCUACUCCAGGUACGAUGCCGUGGGCCUGCCAGUUUCCUACGUAGCCCAUCUCACCGGAGCUUUAGCCGGCCUGACGAUAGGUCUUCUAGUGCUGAAGAACUUCGAGCAGAAGUUGCACGAGCAGCUUCUGUGGUGGGUAGCUCUAGGCGUGUACGCCGCCUGCACCAUCUUCGCCGUUCUCUUCAACGUCAUGAACAGAACGGAAGAUGGCGGAGAAAAUCUAGGAGACGGCGUCAACAGCCACUAUGUAAUGUUUAGUCGAUGGGGGGUAUAACUGUUGUUUGUCUAGUUCUUACUAGUUUCCAGAGGCUGUUCAUUUAUUUAUAAGAUUUUUUAUGUAGAUUUAUAUUAUAGUAUUUAUUGAAGAUUUUCUGAGGGUGGUACGUUAAGUGGUACAAAUCGAUUGAAGAAAAUAAAUGAACAGACUUAAAAAUCUCAGUCGAUAACGUUUUGUGUUCAAUGUAAACUUCCUUUACAAGAAUCUUUCCAAUUUCUCAUUAUAUGUCUACUAUAUUAUAUAUUAUUCAUAAAUAUAUAAAUAUAUAAAGUAUGAAACCAAAAACUAUUUUUGUAAAGAUUCUUUUGGAAGGAAGUAUUCUAACAAAUGUGAUUUCAUAGAUAAUACAUGAAUCUAUUUGUGAAAAUCCAUUUAAUACUUGGAUAGUGUUCGAUAUCCAUUUUGGUGCAAGUCUCCAUGUUGCACGCAGAUUUUUUUUGUACUGAUUUUUCCGUCUACUCUCAUCAUCCUCACCUAAUAGAUAGGUUUCUUAUAUUUAAAAGUUUGUUAAAAAAUUCGUGAAUGAGUAUGUUUUGUACACUAUAUUUAUGUAUAUAUUUUAUUUAUUUCUAAUAUCAAACCAAAGACUGAGUUGGAUAAAAGUUUUGUAGAAUAUAGUAUAGGAAAUAGAAGUUACUGUUGACCUUGACGAGCACUUUAGGUAAUUUUGUACAGCUGCUACUCAAGCUGGCCUAGUAAAGCAUGAUGUAGCCGUAGCGAAUAAAAUAUACAAUAUAGGUACUGCUCUUUAACAGUUGGUAACAUUGUAUAUACAAUAUGUGAAACGCUUAGUUCCUUAUAUUCUCCUAAAUAGAGAGAAGAUUUUUUCUUUAUGAUAUUAUGAUCAGAUAUAAGUAUGAUUUUCAUCAUGCUUAUUAUCAUCAUCAUUAUAAUUAUCAUACUCAUUUUCUAAAAUGUCAUUACUAUAAUUUCUAACGUCAUUUUGUAUUACAUUUAAAGUCAUAGUUGUAAUGUUAUUUUCAUCAUGAUUCUGAUCAUCUUCAGACCUCUUUGUUUCCUAAUUUAUCCUUUGUCAUCUUCAUUAUGAUGUUUAUCAUGUUUGUUAAUGAUUCUCGUCAUCUAAAUCAUCAUUAUUGCCAAUAUUAUAAUUAUCAACAUCAUUUUAAUUAUCUUCAACAUUAUUAACACAAUUUUCAUCAUCCUUAGAGUGAUACUGUCACAUCAGAACUUUUUUAUAGUCUAUAUCUUUAACUGCUACAUCAUUCUCAAUAUUUUUGUCAUCUUAAAAGCAGUCCAGUUAUCUUCAACAUUAUUAUCACAUUUUUGAAAAUCAAUGUCUUCAGCUUAAACUUUAUUCUUGUCCUUUGCCUUAUGUUCAAUACGGUGUUCAUCAUAUUUAUUAAUUAUUACCCUCGUCAUCUUAAUUAUUGUUGCCAAUAUUAUAAUUAUUAAUAUUACUUAUUUUCAACAUCAUUUUGAGAGAUACUCUCACCUCAUAACAUUUUUGUGGUCUGUAUCAUCAACUUCUACAUCAUUCUCAAUAUUUCUAUUAUCUUAAAAGCAGUCCAAUCAUCUUCGGUAUCGUUAUUAUCAUGAUCAUGAGGAAGAUCAUCAUUUUCAUCAUCUUAAACUUUAUUCUCGUCAAUUUUCAUGAUCUACAGUAGCCCUACUGUUAUCCCAAUUGUCUUAUAUUAUCAGUAUUUUUACCUAUAUUAUCUUUUAUAUUAUUAUAAAACCUUUAACAUUAUUUUAAUAAUCUUCAACAUCGUUUUGAGAGUGAUACUUGCCACUUCAGAACAUUCUUGUGGUCUAUAUCACUAACUUCUACAUCAUUCUCAACAUUUCUGUCAUCUUAAAAGCAAUCCAGUCAUCUACAACAUCAUUAUCAUCAUAUUGAAGAUAAAUAUCAUCAUUUUCAUCAAUUUUAUGCUCGUUAUCUCGUCAAUUCUCAUAAUCUUUAGCAGUCCUAUUGUUAUCCUAAUUGUCUUCUGUCAUCAUCAUCAUUAUUAUCACAUUUAUCAUCUUUUAUUAUUAUUAUCAAACCUUAUCAUUAUAAUUAUCUGCAACAUAAUUCUCAGUAUCUCAACAUUGUCGCAUGUCUCAUCAUUCUCGCCGUCCUUUGUAUCAUUUUAUAUAGUAUGUAUUUGAGACACAAAAAAUAUUCAACAGUAACUUCUAUUGAAUUAUUUAGAAUAAGUUCACAAUAAUGAUUCCAAACUGGAGGUGGGUACUUGUACGAAAACAAUUAACUGAAGACUGUUCUUUAUUAGGUGAUGCUACAGAGAUUACGGUGUAACCACACACCUCCAAAGUUUGGAUCAAAGUAAUUUUUACUUGCACCAGUUGUUGAAUGGGAUGAUCGCUAAAAUAAAGUUUGCUAAAGUUCAUUUUACCAUACGUUAAAUAAUAAUAGUCUGAAAAAUAAAUUAAUAGCAAAGAUUAUAUAGGACAAACAGGGAGAGUGGUUAAAAACACAUUCCAGAACAUAUCAGUGCAUUCCAACUCAUUGACUGUACCAAUUUUGGACUUAAAUAGUUUAAAUCCUUUGUUUCAGCGAUUAUCCCAAACGUCGUGUAAGUUAAACCACUGUUCUCAGUGAUACAAUAACUAGUCAUAAUUUAAAAUAAUAAGCAAAGCUUACCAAAGAAAGUGCUAGUUACAUAAUAUAUACACAUACACACACACUCGAAACUACAAAAAAUGCCUUACUAAGGUAGAAUACCACUAUCACAAAGAAAAUAUUGUAUUUUUAUACUCAGGUAGAAACAGUGUUAUUAGACAUAGUUUUGAUAACUGUUCAAAUGUCUUCAGAUGUUCGAUUUUUGUUUUUUAACACCGUUGCUGUUGUGCUUAAGCAACUGUUUUGUAAAAAAGCAGAAAGAAUUAAAACUAUUUAAAAUUUAA